CUCGGCUGAAGCGCUGGCUGGCUGGCGGCGGCCUCAGACAUGAAGCUCUGCUCGGAGGCUCUCACCCUGCUCCUCCUGCUGGUUCUGCUCGCAGCCGGCUGCUGGGGCAGGAAUGACGAGGAGCGUCUCAUCAACCACCUCUUCAAGGAGCGGAAGUACAACAAGGAGCUGCGUCCAGUGGCGAGACAGCAGGACCCGGUGGACGUGUACCUGGCCCUGACGCUGUCCAACCUCAUCUCCCUGAAAGAGAAAGACGAGACUCUUCUGACCAACGUCUGGAUCGAGCACACCUGGUACGACCACCGCCUGUCCUGGAACUCCUCCCUGUACGACAGCGUGGAGCGGCUGCGGCUGCCGCCCAGCAUGGUGUGGCUGCCGGAGAUCGUGCUGGAGAACAACAAUGACGCCCAGUUCCAGGUGGCCUACUACUGCAACGUGCUGGUCAGUCCUGACGGCCUGUGCUACUGGCUGCCGCCCGCCAUCUUCCGCUCCUCCUGCUCCAUCAACGUCAACUUCUUCCCCUUCGACUGGCAGAACUGCACGCUCAAGUUCACCUCGCUGACGUACAACGCCAGAGAGAUCCGGAUGCUGCUGAAGGAGGAGGAUGGUGUGACUGUGGAGUGGAUCGUCAUCGACCCAGAGAGCUGGACCGAGAACGGCGAGUGGGAGGUGAUCCACCGACCAGCCAAGAGGAACACCUACAAGCACAUCCCCAUGGAGAGCAACAAGCACCAGGACAUCACCUUCUACCUCAUCAUCAAGAGGAAGCCGCUCUUCUACAUCGUCAACAUCAUCAUCCCCUGUGUGCUCAUCUCCUUCCUGGCUUCACUGGUCUAUUACCUGCCGGCUGACAGCGGGGAGAAGAUGACCUUGUCCAUCUCGGUGCUCCUGGCCCAGUCCGUCUUCCUGCUGCUGAUCUCACAGAGGCUUCCGGAGACCUCGCUGUCCGUCCCUCUCAUCGUCAAGUACCUGGUCUUCAUCAUGGUUCUGGUCACUGUGGUGGUUCUGAACUGUGUGGUGGUCCUCAACCUGCACUUCAGGUCCCCGAGCACACACGUCAUGUCGCAGUGGACCAAGAGGGUCUUCCUGGAGUGGCUGCCCCGCCUCCUGCGCAUGUCCCGCCCAGAGGAGGAGGAGCCUCAGUGGCCCGGCGCGCUGCAGCGCCGCUCCAGCUCGGCGGGCUACAUCGCCUCGGCAGAGCAGUACUACAGCAUCAAGUCCCGCAGCGAGCUGAUGUUCGAGCGGCAGUCGGCGCGACACGGGCUGGCGGCGCGGCCCACGCACGCCGCAGUCAAGAGCCUCCAGGAGGACGGCGGGGUCUCCGAGCAGCUCUUCUGCGAGAUCAAGCCGGCAGUAGACGGCGCCAACUACAUCAUCAAACACAUGCGCAACAAGAAGGACUACAACGAGGAGAAGGACAACUGGAGCGGCAUCGCUCGCACCGUGGACCGGCUCUGCCUCUUCCUGGUGACCCCGGUCAUGAUCUUCGGCACCAUCAUCAUCUUCCUCAUGGGGCUGUGCAACCACCCGCCUCCGCUGCCCUUCGCCGGAGACUCGCACGACUACAUGGAGAGCAACGCUCGGCUGGUGUGAGCGCGCCCUCACGCACACACCUGGGUCCGGUCCGGGUCACACCUCUCUCUCACACACUCAUCAACGUGGCUUGUUUUUCUUUCUUUACGAACUUGUUUGCUGUUUGAUGUUUCCUACUACAAUAAAGUGUGA